UUCAAUCGCUACUUGCUUGCCGGCUGUCCCAGACGGAAUUGGUGAUAAGAAAAUGAGUUAUUGUUGCUUGGAGGUGCGACGUGACGUCAGGACGAAGAAAGCUGCCAGUAGCUUCUUUGCCUUUGCCAUAUAAGACCGACGGAAGGUGCAAAACGCCUUCCAGAACCUACUAGUAAUUACUUGAAAGUGCAUUGGAACAGGUCGCAGUUCAGGCCGCAGGAAAAACAAUUUUACUUCCAAGAGAAGAUGAAGUGCAAUGUGAAAAUGAAAAUUAACCUAAUGUGAAUGUUGACGUGAGAUUGUGUGAGACAAUGGUGAAGGAUUUGAUUUAUGGAUUGUUGAUUGGAUUAUGUUCUUGCGCUGCUGCCAACUGGAAUUUUUGGAAAUGUUUUGAGACUGAAAGGCAAUGUCCGAACGAGAAUGUCACUUUUUGGCUUUACACAAGAAAAACCCAGAGCAAUCCGACACAGCUGGAUAUGUUCAAGCCGGAAACAAUAGAUCGAGCCCCGUUCGUUCCGGAGCGGCCGUUGAUCGUUCUGAUCCACGGUUACACGGGUCACCGCGACUACGCUCCCAAUACCUCGAUUAGACCAGCCUACCUAAACUACGGGGAAUUUAACAUCAUUUCGCUGGACUACAAACCCUUGGCGCUAGAACCCUGCUAUUACCAGGCAGUACGCAAUCUGCCCACGGUUGCCAAUUGUACCGCUCUGCUGUUGGACUACAUGCUCGACCGAAGAAUGUUUACGCUGAAUGACAUUCACAUCGUGGGGUUCAGCCUCGGGGGUCAGACUUCCGGCAUGAUAGCCAAUUACAUCCGAACGGGAAAAUUGCGACGCAUAACCGGCUUGGACCCUGCUAAACCGAUGUUCAUCACGGCUCAAAAUGAAUUCAAACUGGAUCAGUCGGAUGCGGAAUUCGUUCAGGUGAUUCACACGGAUGUGUUUGCCAGAGGCAUUUUGCAACCCAGCGGUCACGCAGAUUUCUACGUCAACGGUGGUGUCUUGCAGCCGGGGUGCAGCAGCCAAUCAAUGAUGACCACCGGCGAGUGUAAUCACAACCGGGCGCCCGAGUACUAUGCGGAAUCACUUGCCACGGAAGUGGGAUUUUACGGAUACAGGUGCGCUCACUGGUACUUUUAUAUGCUGGGACUGUGCAAAGUCAGCAACGACAGCAUAAUUGCGGUCAUGGGAGCGCACACUCCAAACACAACACGUGGUCUGUAUUUCCUGGACGCCAAUGCGCAGCCACCAUUUGCCCAAGGUUACAAUUUUUCGUCAAGAGAUGAAUUCAUAGCUCCAGUAUGAUGGUCGUUUUAUUGGUAUUAAUAAAGUACGACAAUCACCU